AUGACGGGCGGUGUCGGUAUCGCGUUUAGACGCGGCCUCGCCGCCUGGAGACGCGUGGGUGUGCUCCGACCCGCCGCGGCGGAGCACGUCUUCGCCGCCAAGCUGCCUUGGGUGGGAGUGCCUACUACUGUUGGCGCCCCGAGCGGGCGCUCGUUCGCCGCGAGCGGGUAUCUCGCGGGUUCCCUCCGAGGAGCCCGCGGCGACGUGAUCCGUGCGGAUGCCGCUCGAAAACCGCGCGCGUCAUCCUCGUCCGCGCGCCGUCAGCGCGCUGCGCCCGCGGUGGAAGUGACCGAGCCCUUCGACGACGCAGUCUACGAUCGGGAGUUUUGGAUCUCGCAGGUCACUGGGCCGUCGGUGAAGCAGUCCGCCAGGCUCAUGGUUCAGCGCGUGGACUUCUCGGACCCCCUCGGUGUUGACACGUCCCUUCGAGGUGCAUCCAAGGGCAGCGGCAAGUCCGGCGGGAGGAAGACCCUGUACGACUACGCGCUUGAGGUCAAGGCGCAACACCCCCGAAAAGUUCUCCUGAUUCGCGUUGGAGAAUUCUACGAGGCAAUCGGGUACGAUGCGGUGAUGCUCGUCAUGCACGCGGGACUUAACCCCAUGGGCCUGACCGGGGUUCCCAGGGCUGGAUGCCCAUUGGUCAAGGUGCAGGAAACCCUCGACAGGCUCACUUCGAGGGGUUUCAGCGCGGUGGUUUGCGAGGAGGUCCCGGUGAUGCACAGAUACGGCACCAGGGCACCGCCGAAGGAGCGGUAUGUGGCUGCAAUCAUCACCCCCGCCUCGCCACAGUACGUUGUUGGUGCGGCAGACAACGGUGAUGACGUCGAAUUCGACGGCGCCGCACCGCCGCCCGUCAUCGGCGUCGCGUCCACCGCUGUCGGGUACACACUCAUCGCCGUGGAACCCGACCUGCGUCGUGUGACAGUGACCGAGGGGCUCACAUCUGAGAGCGCGGCGGCGAGGCUUGCAGCCGGGGGACUGGCGCCCCCGCUCUACGUGCACUCGUCGAUGGAUGCGGGUCACGCUGGAAGGAGCACGGGCGUGGCUGGUCAGACGCGCAGGCUAAGGCUCGAGGUUGGAAACAUCCUCUCGGCUGGAACAAACGACGGAGAUUACAGCAAGCAGAGGUACGACGGUAAGGAUCCGGUACGGGGUCUGUUGGACCUAGUCAAGCGAGAGUACGGCAUGACCGUGGAUCAGUCGUUCGAGUUUGUUGGAAUCAACGGUGGAAGGGAGGCGGCAGCGUCGAAGCGGCCUAGACCGUUCCCGCUCACGCUCUCAACCGCGCAGCAACUCGGCGUGCUGCCAACCAGGAGUGUGCCUCCGCUCCUCUCGCACGCGCUACCCGCGAGCUCGGGCGCACCUGCCGGGUGUCGUGCCUACAUUCAGGAGCUUCUGCUGCAUCCUCCGCCCCGAGAUACAGCCGCGGCAAUAUCGGAGGCGUGCGUGCUGAUGUCCACGGGGCUGUCUCCGUCGGAUGGGGGGGUGCCCAGGCUCGAGGUUGUUCCACCGCAGAAAAUCACGAAGCUCCUCUGGAAGAAAGAGGCAACUCACGUGUUCUUCUCCGAAAUCUCCGCGAUGGCGAGCGCGGUGCGAAGAACGCUGGAACACGACUCAAAUGUCGUUCGACGCGCGGGCGAGCUUCUGUUAAAUCCCACGGCUCUGAAGACUGGCAGAAAUGUGACGAAGGAGAGCCUGGUGAAAGCGUGCCGGGAAGCCGAAGAAGUCAUUGGAGCUGUCGUCGCCGAGGAGGUGCUAGACAAAGGAGAUUGGAAACCUCGCGCGCAGGUUGCCACUUCGAUCGACGUCGACGCCGAGGUCGACGACGAUGAGUACAAUGAGCUGGAUGGGGAAACCGAGGCUGACCUGGAGGCUCUCGCGCUCGGUCUGGACGCACCGCCGCAGGUUGAUUAUGUGCCCAGACAGUUUCUUCGAAUCAACGAACCGUGGCGUGGCCGUGUUCGUCGAGACAGGGUGCAGUCUGCGUUGGAUGCGUGCGAGACUGCGGCGCGUGAACUCGCAGAGGUCAUCGGUCGCGACCUCGUGCCGUUGAUUGAGACUUCCAAUGCGGAACAUCAGACCCGGAAGGUGAAUCGCUGCCACCUUGAGCACGAUCAAAGAAACAACUCGCUCUGGCUCCGACACCUCCCCGCAGCCGUCGCCAAGCGUGUGCAAGCCGAGGGCUUAAUCGACCUGAAACACCCGGUGGAUCGGUACGGCAAACAGAUCGGAGAUCGUUGGACCACUUUGGCAGUCGAGACCGCGCUUGAUAGGUAUCGUGUGACAUCAUUCGAAGCUGGUAAGGAGGUUGCCGGAGCGCUUCGUGCUCUUGCCGGUGACCUAGAGUUAUUGGUCGCCGAUUUGGUAUCUGCCGCGACGUUCUCCACCGUAGCCACUGCGGUAUCUCUGCAUGCUAGGCACGCCGUGAGCCGCGGAUGGCGACCCGCGCAGCUUCUUCCAGCGAAUGACGCGUCCACUCCGUGGCACUUGACGGGCCUGGUACCCUUCUGGAUGGAUCGAGAUGACGCGGUGGUGAAUGACGUACUGCUGGACGGUAUCAGUAUUUUGACCGGACCGAACAUGGCGGGGAAGAGCACAGUUCUUCGCGCUACCGCAGCGGCUGCACUUCUCGCAUCAUGCGGGCUACACUGUCCGGUGAAAAGCGCGAGCGUACCUUUCUUUGACUCCCUCAUCGUCAGGAUGUCUUCCACAGACUCCCCCGCGGAGGGGCUGAGCUCUUACGCGGUUGAGAUGGCGGAAGUUGGACAAAUGCUGGACGUCGUAACAGCUAAAUCCGCUGUUUUUAUCGACGAGCUUGGCCGCGGAACGGAAGCAAGGCACGGUACUGCUAUGGCAGGCGCAGUGGUGGAGGAACUUGACAGAUCUGGUGCGCGGGGGAUAUUCGCCACACACCUGCACGGCGUGCUCGACCUCGGCCUGAACCUGUCGCCAUUCGCCAGGAGAAUGAUGAUGGAGACGCGGGACGACCGCGACGGAAGGCUUCGACCGACGCUUCGGAUGGUCUCCGGGGAAUGUAGGGAGAGCCUAGCUUUACAGACCGCGACGGAUAUGGGAGUGUCCGAUGAGGUUGUGCGACGAAGCCAGGCGCUGCUCGCACAAAUCCCUGAGACUGUCGUGGUUGGAAAUACCCCGCCUGCUUUUCAGGAGAAGCCGUCGCCAGCCUCGACGAUCCUCGAAGAGGCCCCGCCGCUCGAGUCGCUUCGCGAGCUCCUUGUCUCCGUCGGCGCUCUCGAGCUCGGUUCCGUGCCCGAAGCUGGGAUCGUACAUGUCGACGAUGUGCCUCCACCCGCAGCGAGGGCGUGGUCGUGCGUAUACGUUCUCAGACGCGGCGACGGUUGGGCAUACUGUGGUGAGACGGACGAUCUCGGUGGCAGACUCGGAGCGCACAGAGCUACGGCAGCGAGAGAGGGCUCGAAUGAAGUGGAGUGCGCUUUCAUUGCAGUUCCGAGGGAAGGUGGCGGCAAGAGCCGCGCAAGAGCGUUGGAGUCGAGGGUGAUUCGAAAGCUGAAAGCGGAGGGCAUUCCGUUACUGAGUGGAUCGGACGCAAGAAACACGAGCUUCGGGUCAGCGGCAUGA